AAUCAGUGUAACUUUGGAAGUUGCUUGGUCUAAUUCGAUGGUCUGAGUGCUACAGAUUUUUAAGGAAAAAACCGACAAAUCUCAAUCUUGGAAAUUGAUUCAAAAAUGCCAAUUGUCUGGAAAAAAUUUUGUGAUGAAGAGAAAGAAGUUGAGAAAGUGAAAUAUGCGGGAAUGGAUGAGUUUAUCAUUGUGAAAAAUACUUCUUAUCCGGAUAUUCCACAAGCAUCUCUGUGGCAAGAUCAAGAGUUCUUUCUUCCCAUUUUGUUCCGGGAUACCAUUGAGACAUUAUACAAUUUCGAUGUACGUCCUGAUGACGUUUGGGUGGUGACAUUUCCAAAAUCAGGAACAACAUGGGUUCAGGAAAUGGUUUGGCAGAUUUGCAACGAUUUGGAUUAUGAACGAUCCAAGAAAGAAAACCUAAUGGAGAGAGUUCCUUACUUUGAGGUCAAUAAUAUCUUUCCUAAAUAUGUGAAUUUUCCGCAUAUUCCGACUGAACUGCAAGAAAUGAAGUCUCGUCGAUUUAUCAAGAGUCAUCUGCCAGCCCCAUUGCUGCCUAAACAGAUCUGGACAGUUAAGCCUAGAAUCAUCUACGUGGCCAGAAAUGUCAAAGACGUAGCCAUUUCUUUCUACCAUUACUACAAAAAUGUGCAACACUAUCACGGAAAUUGGGAAAAUUUCUUUGAUAUCUUCAUGAAGAAUAGAGUAUUUUUUGCUCCAUACCAUACUCAUGUCUACAAUUUUUGGCGCAUGAGAAAUGAGGAAAAUAUCCUGUUCCUCACAUACGAGGAAAUGAAGAAGGAUCAUCCCAGUGUUAUUAGGAAAACUGCACAGUUUCUGGGAAAAUCUUUCAGUGAAGAUCAAGUUAAUGAGCUUGCAGACUUUUUAUCUUUUUCAAAGUUCUCCAAAAUUCCUACGCUGAACCAAGAUGAAUCUGUUACCAGAAUUCUAAAGGAACUUCGGAAGACAUUACCUGACAAAGAUUAUCAUUUUGUGAGAAAGGGAGAAGUUGGAUCCUACAAGGUAGAAAUGCCAAAGGAAGUGAUUGAGGAGUUUAAUAGGUGGACUCUGAAGGAAACUGAAAAGGCAAAAAUGGAUCCAGACAUUAAUCGAGUCUUCUAUAACGUCUAAUUAAAAAAUAAUGAGACAGGAUUGGAACUGUAAUAAGAUAAAGGAAAACAUUCUAUGUUUUGGGAAGUUAUCAGUGUCGCUUGUUGAGGCAAAGGAAAAUAUUCUAUGUUUUUGGAAAUCAUUCGGGAAAUUUUCUGUGUUUUGAGAAAUUAUUAUUUUCACCCUGUGGGGCAAAAGCAAAUUUCCUGGGCAAAGGCAAAUUUUCUAUGUUUUGGGAAAUUAUUAGUUCUGUCCUGUGGGGUAAAGGGAAAUUUUCUAUGUUUUGGGAAUUUAUGAAAUUCGCUCUUUGGGACAAAGGAAAAUUUUCUAUGUUUUGGGAAGUUAUCAGUGUCGCUUGUUGAGGCAAAAGAAAAUAUUCUAUGUUUUCGGAAAUUAUUCGGGAAGUUUUCUGUGUUUUGGGAAAUUAUUAGUUUCACCCUGUGGGGCAAAAACAAAUUUCCUGGGCAAAGGGAAAUUUUCUAUGUUUUGGGAAAUUAUUAGUUCUGUGCUUUGGGGCAAAGGGAAAUUUUCUGUGUUUCGAGAAUUUAUAAAUUUCGCUCUUUGGAGCAAAGGGAAAUUUUCUAUGUUUUGGGAAGUAAUCUGUGUCGUUUGUUGAGGCAAAGGAAAAUAUUCUAUGUUUUUGGAAAUUAUUCGGGAAAUUUUCUGUGUUUUGAGAAAUUAUUAGUUUCACCCUGUGGGGCAAAAGCAAAUUUCCUGGGCAAAGGCAAAUUUUCUAUGUUUUGGGAAAUUAUUAGUUCUGCCCUUUGGGACAAAGGGAAAUUUUCUGUGUUUUGAGAAUUUAUAAAUUUCGUUCUUUGGGGCAAAGGAAAAUUUUCUAUGUUUUGGGAAGGUAUCAGUGUCGCUUGUUGAGGCAAAGGGAAAUAUUCUAUGUUUUCGGAAAUUAUUCGGGAUAUUUUCUGUGUUUUGAACAAUUAUUAGUUUCACCCUGGGGCAAAAGCAAUUUCCUGGGCAAAGGGAAAUUUUUGGAAAGUAAUAAAAUAUACUUGUACCAUU